AUGCUGAGCGACAUCGGGGACUAUGUAGGUACAGACAUACAAAUCUCCUGGUUACCAAACCUGGACGAUUUAAUGAAGGGCUAUGCCAGAAACUUCCGCCCUGGGAUAGGAGGUCCCCCGGUCAACGUGGCCAUGGCCAUCGAGGUGGCCAGCAUCGACCACAUCUCCGAGGCCAACAUGGAGUACACCAUGACCGUGUUCCUGCGUCAGAGCUGGCACGACGACCGUCUGUCCUACAACCACACCAACAAAACUCUGGGGCUGGACAGUCGCUUCGUGGACAAACUGUGGCUCCCCGACACGUUCAUCGUCAACGCCAAGUCGGCCUGGUUCCACGACGUCACCGUGGAGAACAAACUGAUCCGACUGCAGCCCAACGGGGUCAUCCUCUACAGCAGCAGAAUCACCUCCACUGUGGCCUGUGACAUGGACCUGACCAAGUACCCCAUGGACGAGCAGGAGUGUAUGCUGGACCUGGAGAGCUAUGGUUACUCCUCAGAGGACAUCGUGUAUCACUGGUCGGAGAGUCAGAUGCACAUCCACGGUCUGGACAAACUGGAGCUCUCCCAGUUCACCAUCACGGACUAUCGCUUCGUCACCGAGAUGAUGAACUCCAAAUCAGCCGGUCGGUUUCCUCGGUUGAGUCUUCGUUUCCAGCUCCGGAGGAACAGAGGAGUUUACAUCAUCCAGUCGUACAUGCCGUCCAUCCUGCUCGUCGCCAUGUCCUGGGUCUCCUUCUGGAUCAGCCAAUCAGCCGUCCCCGCUCGAGUCUCUCUGGGCAUCACGACGGUUCUGACCAUGACCACGCUGAUGGUCAGCGCUCGCUCGUCUCUGCCCCGAGCCUCGGCCAUCAAGGCCCUGGACGUGUACUUCUGGAUCUGUUACGUGUUCGUGUUCGCCGCGCUCAUCGAAUACGCCUUCGCCCACUACAACGCCGACUACAGGCUCAAGGAGAAGGCCAAGGUCAAGGCCAAGCAGCUGGGCUCUGAGGCGGUGGUGAAAAACGGGAAGCAGGCGAUGGUUCUCUUCUCUCUGUCGGUGACGGGGAUGAACCAGGGCGUGGUCAUCUCCAACCGCCAGCGCCCGUCGCAGCGUCCCAGCGGGCAGAUCCCGGGCGAGGGCCCCGCGGAGCCGCCCGAGGAGCGCCGCCGGACCCCGCCGCCGCACCCGCCGCCGCAGCCGCCGCAGCCCGACGACGCCCGGCCCGACCGCAAGUGCUGCUCCAAGUGCGCGUGCAAACCCAUCGACGCCGACACCAUCGACAUCUACGCCCGCGCCGUCUUCCCCUUCACCUUCGCCCUCGUCAACGUCAUCUACUGGGUCGCCUACACCAUGUGA